UGAUUGGUUUAAAAUAGGUGAUGGGGGUAAUAUUUACCACCAUAAUCGAUUUUUCACCAAUCAGCAUUCAGUAUCAGAACGCCGAUCACCGCCGAUGCCUGUAUGAGGGUUUGGGUUAAUUCUUGUGAAUACUGUGUAAAUUUUUAGACUAGAAUAUUUUCAGUCAGAUCUAUUAAGGUUUCGAAGUUUAUCUUAAAAACUAGUCCGAUAGCGGAUUCUUUGUCGUAAAUACUGAUCGAGUAGGCAACGAAUAUGGCAUCGACUAAGGUCGACUGGGGGCAGCACGCCGAUGAACAGGAUAAAUUGGCGUUGAAGGUAACCGGUUUGGACUUGGAUAAAUCGAAUUCGACAUCCAUUCCUACUUCAUCUGUGAAAGAUGGAGACAUCAAGAGUGAUGACGAUACGUCAGAAGAACAGAUUUCACCAGCAGAGAAGUCUCUCCUACAAAAGAUCAUAAGGAAAGGAUUGGUAGAAACAACAAAGGAUUUAGAGAUUCAAAGAAAAGAUCCAAAUUCUCCAUUAUACAGUGUCAAAACCUUUGAUGCACUUCAUCUCAAACCUGCCUUACUAAAAGGUGUUUAUGCCAUGGGAUUCAAUGCACCCUCUAGAAUUCAAGAAACUGCUUUACCUACUUUACUCGCUGAUCCACCACAAAAUAUGAUUGCACAAUCUCAGUCUGGAACGGGUAAGACAGCAGCAUUUGUACUCGCUAUGUUGAGUCGAGUGAAUGUUACAGAGAAUUACCCACAGGUUCUUUGUUUGUCGCCAACUUAUGAAUUAGCAAUCCAAACUGGCGAAGUAGCGGCAAAGAUGUCGCGCUUCUGUCCUGAGAUAAAAAUAAAAUACGCUGUAAGAGGAGAAGAAAUAAGUCGUGGUUCAAAGAUUGCUGAACAUAUUAUUAUAGGAACUCCAGGCAAAGUACUAGAUUGGGGACAAAAGUUCAAGUUCUUUGAUCUAAGCCAAAUAUCGGUAUUUGUAUUAGACGAAGCUGACGUUAUGAUCGCUACGCAAGGUCAUCAAGAUCAGUGUAUACGUAUUCACAAAUUACUGCCACGUACGUGUCAAAUGAUGUUCUUUUCUGCGACAUACGAGCCGGAAGUGAUGAACUUUGCAGAGAUUAUAGUCAGUAAUCCACUAAUAAUACGGCUAUUAAGGGAAGAAGAAAGUUUAGAUAAUAUCAAGCAGUAUUAUAUUAGAUGCAAAAAUGUGGAUGAGAAAUACACAGCUAUCACUAAUAUUUAUGGAGUGAUUACUAUUGGACAAGCGAUUAUUUUCUGUCAUACAAAGAAAACAGCUAGUUGGUUAGCAGGAAAAAUGACGAAAGACGGACAUGCGGUAGCAAUAUUAUCUGGUGACUUAACAGUGGAACAAAGAAUUUCUGUAUUGGAUAGAUUUAGAGCUGGACUUGAAAAAGUUCUCAUCACCACAAAUGUCUUAGCUAGAGGCAUUGAUGUUGAACAAGUAACGAUAGUAGUCAAUUUUGAUUUACCGAUGGAUCAAAAGCGGCAAGCCGAUUGCGAAACAUACUUACACAGAAUCGGAAGAACGGGGCGAUUCGGCAAGUCUGGGAUCGCCAUUAAUUUAAUUGAUUCUGAUCACGCUAUGCAAUUGUGCCAGAAUAUAGAAAAACAUUUUGGCAAGAAAAUCCAUUACCUCGACGCAGAAGAUGCAGAUGAAAUCGAGAAAAUCGGAGCCUAGGCUAAUAUGGCUUUUUAUCAUGAAUAUAUCUAGGCUUUAAUAUACUAUUUUUUAAAGCGGACUUCUCUUUGUAUUUUGAAUAUAAAAUGAGAUAUUUUUUUUCCAACUGUAUACCUGUACACUACAAUACCGCUUUUCUCUAUUGUAUUUUUUCUUUCGCAUCCAUGUUUGGUGUAUUUAAUUGGGUCGAAAUAAGAUUAAAAAUUGAAACUAUUUAUAUGUUGCAUAUGCUGACUGCAUGCAUACGCUAUCAAUUC